AUGGCCAUCUGCAGUAGUGCUGCGUGGGAGGCUAAGAUUGAUAUUAGUGCGUAUACACCUAUCUCAACACAUGCACACACUUUCCUCUUAGCCAUGGCCAUCUGCAGUAGUGCUGCGUGGGAGGCUAAGAUUGUUAUUAGUGCGUAUUGGGUUCAUCACUCGCAAGUGUCCAAGACAGCUCCGACGGGCGAGUAUCUGCCCACAGGCAGUUUCAUGGUGCGAGGGAAGAAGAAUUUCCUCCCGCCAACUCAACUGGUGCUGGGUGUGGGAGUACUCUUCCGGGUGACCGACGACUGUGUAGCGGCACACGCCAACGAGCGCCGCGUUAGAGACGAAGACGACAGUGCAGCCUCAGCAAUGGAUUACGAACGCAGAUCACACCAGAAACAGGAUGUGCACAGACACACGUCCAAGGACGAUGGCCAGGCAGAAACAAUUAACCAGGAAUCGGAAUCAGACAGCACGCCACAGAGACUGGGGCAAGCGCAGGAACCCGACACUACGACAGACGCCCAGGACACGGAGAGGUUAACCGACGCGGGUGCUGUGCAGUUCGGUACACAGGCACAGACAGAGACUCAGACUGAGACAGAGACACUCCACACAGACAAUCGGACAAUCGGACAAUCCGAUACAACCCCACACAAACAGGCACACACAUCAGAGCGCACUCAACAACUACACACAGCAGGGCCUCAGGAAGACGCACAGCUCAAGGAUCAAGAGAGUACGCAUGAACACACACUGGCAGGAGAUGUUAGUGAUAGAGAGGGGUCGUCUAGUGCAGAG